CUUACAUUCAUUUCUCUAUUAGAGUCCACUCUGUCUAUUGAUAGACUAAUUACCACAUGUGCCAGUCUUUACUGAACAAUGAUGCUUUGUUAGAAUAAAUCGUGCGUUAAAUUUAGAUUAAUUAAUUUUGAAGUUUUAUAAACAAGUUUAUAAAAUUUAUUAGUGUAGUUGCAAAUUCGUGAAGGCAGCUGAAGAUGGACGUCUGGAAUAAUUUGAAUUUGGGAACUCUAGAUAUUGGAGCUAUUGGGGCUAGUAGUAUAGUGAGGGGCGAAGAGCCUAAUAUGCAAAGUAGUUUUCGGAGGAAAAAGAAACCACCAACAAUAGAAAAGCUUCCAGAUAAGGUCAUUCUUCACAUCUUCAGUUACCUAACACACAAAGAAAUAUGUCAAAUGGCCAGAGUGAGUAAAAGAUGGCGCCUAAUUGCCUAUGAUACUAAACUUUGGAAAAACGUCUCUCUUCGUCCGGAAAUUUCUGGGCUACACGUAGGGUCCCUAGAAUCGCUACUUGCACUCAUCAGUAUAAGAUUUGGACCAUCUUUAAGAUACAUUGAGCUUCCUAUAGAAUUAAUUACCCACACUGUAUUACACGAACUGGCGAACAAGUGUCCAAAUUUGACCCACAUGCUUUUGGAUUUUUCCACUGCUAUGCAAUUGCACGAUUUUAGUGAACUUCAAGCUUUUCCUACCAAACUCAAAUACCUUUGCAUUUGUCUAUCUGAAGUCAUCUUUAUGGAGGGUUUCAUGAGAAAAAUUUACAAUUUUAUAAAUGGUUUAGAAAUUCUUCAUUUAAUUGGUACAUACGAAAAAAUAGAGGAGGAAGAAGAGGAAAUUUAUGAAGUCAUUAAUGUACAUAAAUUAAAAUCUGCCACUCCAAAUUUAAGAGUUAUCAAUUUGUAUGGAAUCAAUUUUGUAGAUGACAGUCAUAUCGAUGCUUUUAGUUCAAAUUGCAUCCAGUUAGAAUGUUUAGCAGUAAACUACUGCAAUAAAGUAACUGGGUCCACAUUGAAAACAUUAUUUCAGAGGAGUAGAAGACUGAAGUGCCUAUUAAUGAAUGGAACAAAUUUACAAAGUGAACAUUUGAUGCAAGUAGAAUGGGAAAAAUGCUCUGUGCAAGAAUUAGACAUAACCGCUACCGAUUUGUCAACAGAAUGUUUACAAGAUAUGCUUUCAAAAAUACCAGGACUAAAAUUUUUAAGUGCUGGUCAAUUGAAUGGAUUUAAUGAUUCGGUUCUGAAGGCAUAUAUGGAGUCAGGCAAUUCGCGAAAUUUGGUAGCUUUAGAUCUGGAUAGUUCUGACAAUUUAACAGAAGAAGCAAUCUACAAAUUUUUGUGUAAACACGGCCAUCAACUGUUGGGUUUGGGCUUAUCAGGGAUGACUCACAUUACUGAUUCUCUUUGGCAAACAGUUUUACCAAUUUUAACAAACGCUCAGAUAUUGGUGAUGGGGACGCAAGAACGAUUGGGAAUAAACAUUUUAGUAGACCAACUUAUGGAUAGCAUUUCUAGAAAUUGUCUUAAUUUGGAAAGGCUAGAGUUGAGGUGGGAUCCAGAUAAUUUGAGAUUCUCUGAUAAAAGUCAAAAAGCCAUUGACACCAUAAGAGUGAAAUGUUUGAAGUUGCGCUGUUUGUGUUUAAGUGAUGGCCGUUACUACGAAGUAGUAAAAGCAAAUUUUGAAAGAGCCGAUAGAAUGACGGUUGUAAGGACACUAACAAACUGCAGAAUCUCCAAUUACUACUUACUAUCAAACUACAGGGAUUUGAUUUUUAAUUAAUAAAAAAAUGCCCAUAAUGUAACGUAAAUGGUUUUAUUUAAUCAUAUUUCUAUAUUACAUAAAUUAUUGAUAGAUCAAGAAGUGUAAGUUAUUUUUGUGUAAAAUUAUAAAAAUUGUAUUAUCACAAUGUGAAAUGUAGGGUAUUGUUUGUAUAAAAAUGGAUAGAUUUUUAAGAAAAAUAUUUCUAAAUUCGAAGCUUGUACUGAUACAAAACUUUCAAAUCACUAUAUAUUUUUUUAUAAUUACGUUAACCUCAAUCUUUUUAUUUAAAUCUGCAAAUGAUUAUAUUAAUCUUUUAAAUAAAUGUAUUAUUAACAUUAUUACUAAUGUGCACAGAUCGUAUUUUUAUAUUUAUUAGCAAAAUGAAAUUUUAUUAAGAAUAAUAUACCUUUUAAGUUUUAAUUUUAAAGAGAAAAUCUAGAACAUUUUGAAAUAUAGUAAAUCUCUGUUAUUAACUAUAUUUUGGUAAACGGGACUUUACACAAAUGUAAAAAAUUAUUUAUAAUAAAAUAAUAUUCUGAUACCUUAAACUUUCUAAUUCUACACCCUUUCUAAUUUAAAAAUAUCUUCCGGCACCUUAAGGUAUAUUAUUAAUCCUUUGUUACUCUACGAACAUUUUGGAAAUUAAUCAUAUGAAGUUGUUUCCAUUUUAAUUCGUACAUUGUCUAGUAUUUUUACACAAUGAUAAAAUAUAAAAUAUUUAAUCUGAUCAAAGUUUGUUUGGAUAAAUAUUGUAAUUUGUUGAAUUUAUAACAAUGCAAGUACGUAUAAUAUAUAAUAAAAAAACAUUUAAUCAAUUGUGUACUUGAGGGUUGAUGAAGGCCAUUGAAUUUUUAUCAAUUUGAAAAGUACAUUUUAAAGCGCAUUUUUAAAUAAAACUUGACCUAUAUCAGCAAAUUAUUGAUGAUAAGUAACAUUUAUUAUAUAUUUUUUUAAAUUUGAAUAAAUGAAUGACAUUAAAAAUAUUUUCACUGAGGGUUAAUUUACUGUCCGAAGCUUUUUGCGAAAAAAUAAAAACCUAAGAUUUUUUGUAAAUCUUUCAUUCCACAUCCUAAGAUAUCAAUUCUUGAUAUUCUGUAGCUAAUUUAAAGAAACGGAAAUGUAAGUUACAAUUAUAAAAUCUGUAAUUUUCAAAAUAUUUUAAUAUAUAUAUAUAAAUUUUUUAGAAAUAAAAUUAUUUUUUGGUUAAAACCAAAUCGUUGAAUCAAGAAUAAUAUAGUUUUUACUAUUUAUCUAUUCUCGUUUCUAAUUUUGAAAACUAAGCAAAUUAUGGUUCAGAUCAAUUAUUUUCAGGCAAAUGAAAUACUUUAAAAAUCUAUCCAAUAAUUUCCAAAAACUUCUUGGAUAAUGUUUACCUAUUUAGUAUGAAAUGUGGGGUAUAUAAUUUUUUUCACAAAUCUAACUUUAAAACUAAACAAUAAAUAAAAAGAUGUAUAAUAAAACAAUUUGAAGAUAUGUACAACUGUUGUCAAAAUAUGUUUGUGACAAAAUAAGAAAGAAUUUUUACACUAAACAAUAAGGGUAAGUACCUAACUUUUCUACUACUUACAAAAGCGUGUAAUAUACUUGAAAUUUUAAAAUAAUCUGCUUUCGUUAAGUAAAUAAAAAACCUUAGUCAUCGACCUAAGAAUUUGAAAUUUAAAAUUUACCUCACCGAGUUAUAUUGUCAUAUUUAGUUCUCAUGUUAAAAUAUAUUUUUGUUAAAUUAAAAUCCCGUUUUCACUAGUUAUACACGCUAUAUUAGUAUGACGUAAUUUUUGAGCCACUGACAGUAAACUUUUAACAAAAACAAACUAUUUGACAUAUACAUUUUAUUUUUUUUUAGGUAUUGUUAGUAGGUCGUAAAAAAGUAGUUUACAAGUUAUAUAACCAAAUUAUUUUAAUGUUUAAAUUUGCAAUAUCUCUCUAUAAUGAACACCUAUAAUUUCUAUUUAUUUUCUUUUUUAUCUCUAUCAUCACUGUGAAACAAAUUACGCCAUCACUAAUAUACUAAUAUAUAACAACACCUAUUUUUCCAAAGCCAGUGCUGGUAUUUGCUUAAAAUUUCAAAUUAAAUGAUUUACCUUCAGGCAUUUUAUAAUUGAAUGUAAAAUCUGAUGGUAGGGAGCUAGUGGCACUUUGUUGGUACAAAUUUGUGCAAGGCCUAUUCAUAUUUUUUUGUUCAUUCUUGUCUUGUAGAAGAUGGAAAUACUUUGCUGCUGACGCACCAGCGAUUGAGCGUCUGACGAAGACGUCUUAAAAAACCGUUGUAGAAAAUGCUAAUGUCAUAUAUUUGAUAAGAUAAUUAACUUUACAUAAGACUUCAUAGCUCAGGUUGUAAAGCACUCAACUUUGGAUUUCGCGAUCCGGUUUCAAUU